AUGCCACAGAUGCUUGAGGGCCUUCACCCGAUUCUUACCCUUCUUCUUCUUCUUCUUCUUCUUCUUCUUCUUCUUCUUCCUCCUCCUCCUCCUCCUCCUCCUCCUCAUCCUCCUCCUCCUCCUCCUUCUCUUCUUCUUCUUUUUCUUUUUCUUCUUCUUCUUCCUCUUCUUCUUUCUUUCUUCUUCUACCUCUUUUUCACCCUCUUCUUCAUUUAUUCCUUCCAGACUAGCGAAAGUUCCGAACUAAUGCAGAUAGAACCGUAUGCCCGACCUCAAACUUCUCUCGAGUGGCUUGAUGACUGA